AACGCUGUGUGGGUUGAGGACGUCCAGCGUGUGUAAACGUCCUUUCUUCUUCAUUCCUGUCCCGUGAGCUGUGUAGACCAUAUUCCAAUGGCUCAACUCCAAGAAAUGCUGCAGCUGUGGAUGGCACUGUGCCUCAUGUGGCAAGGUGCACACAGCUUCAUGGUCCACAAUGCUGUGGAAAGCCUGUGUCUGGAGGACUCUCUCAGGGAUGCUGGAGUUCAGUUAAGGAGAUGCAGUCUGGACUCAGAGCUUCAGCAGUGGCUGUGGACAGAGAGGUGGUUCCUCCUGAAUGUGGGCACACACAGGUGUCUGUCUGGCCUCCAGGAUGACCCUAUCCAGACAGUGGAAUGUGAUGGUGGAGACCACCUGCAGUGGCAGUGUACGAACCACAGGCUGAUCAGUGUGAAUCGUUCUCUGGAGCUGAGUGCACAGACAGGAAGGCUGAGUCUCACCAGCAGAGGAAUAAACACCAGGUGGAAGUCCCUGGAUGAGGGAGACAUAUGUCAGGAGAAGCUCAGAUCCAGACGGCAGAGUGAGCCCGGUGAGUUUGAGUUUUCAGAAGAAGACAGGGCCCACAUGCCCCACACCAUGACUGAAGAACAGAGGGAGUUCCUUAAGUGGUUCUACCGCACUGAAGACUCAACUCUGUGGGUGUUUUCCAUGCUGGUCUUGUCAUUCCUGGCUCUACUGCUGGGCUGUGUGCUCCUGGUCAUGGGUGUAAUGGGUAACAGAAAUAGGAGGAAUAUAGCCAAAUACAAGGCUUCCGCUUCUGCAGUAUCCACUCCAAUGAAAGUGGAGAUGGAGGAGCUUCAGAUCAUCACUCACACCAAGGACGAAAACCACUCAUACACUGCACCGAUGCAGGACAGUCACCUGGAGAACAACGAGUCAACAGGGGGUGCUAAUGAGACAGAGGCCCUGAAGCCUGGGGAGAUUAUUGUCUCCUGGAAGGAUGGAAAUGUCUCUAAUCUGUACCCUGAAUCUCUGGAGGACAGAGUGGAUGAGAACGUACAGCAGUGAUACAUGGACCAAAUAUUCUAACUUUAAUAUAUACACCAAUCAGCUUUAGCAUUAAAACAACCUGCCUAAUACUGUGUACAUUUUAAUUUGGAGGGUAAACAUAAAGCCGUGUUUUCAAAAGCUAUAAAUGACAUACAAGGGUUGGACAAUGAAACUGAAACACCUGGUUUUAGACCACAAUAAUUUAUUGUCCCGACGGACAGUUCUGGUGGAAACAGGAGAGUUGAGGUGCACAUUGAAUUCUGCCAUGAUUUGGGCAGCCGUGGUUUUAUGUUUUUUGGAUACAAUCUGGGUCAGCACCCGAACAUCCUUUUAGACAGCUUCCUCAUACAGCGUCCACAGUUAAUCCUGUUGGAUGUGGUUGGUCCUUCUUGGUGAUAUGCUGACAUUACCCUGGAUACCGUGGCUCUUGAUGCAUCACAAAGACUUGCUGUCUUGGUCACAGAUGCGCCAGCAAGACGCGCACCAACAAUUUGUCCUCUUUUUAAUACUGGUAUGUCACACAUAUUGUUGUGUGCAUUGCAAUAUUUUGAGCAAAACCGUGCUCUUACCCUGCUAAUUGAACCUUCACACUCUGCUCUUACUGGUGCAAUGUGCAAUUAAUGAAGAUUGGCCACCAGGCUGCUCCAAUCUAGCCAUGAAACCUCCCACACUACAACGACAGGUGUUUCAGUUUCAUUGUCCAACCCCUCACAUUCUGUUUCAUUUCUGGAAUAUAUAGUCAUGAUCCUGAUGUGGAGGGAUGGAAAUUGUAAGACUGUAAGGCUCUAUUUUAGUGAUCUGUUGGUGAGCCAUCAACCAUGAACCACACAGCUUGAUUUAAUACUUAAUAAUAAUACUUAUAUUUCUGCGCUGAACCAGUGAGAGUGCGGUACGCAGCAGAGUGAGUUUAUACUUGAGUUUAAACCGCAAAGGCAGGAAUGUGAGGCUCUGCAGACCAAUCACACCUGCAGCUUUCUUUCACGCGACGCAUAGUCACAUUUCUCAUACAACGUAGGAUACAGAGUAGAAUCUUCAUCUACAUGCAGGGUAUGCAGAGGCUACGAUGUAGUUUUGAUGCAGAAGAAUAAAUUCACCAUGUCAGUGUGUCUUUGCAAUCUUAACAAUGGGAAAAGUACACCUUAGGCAGCUUGAAAUGCACAGAAGGCAUGGACUAAUUCUCUUAAUUAAUCAUGGGGUCUUUUAGGUGUAAUGGGAAAUAAACCAGUGUGUUACUUUCCAUUCCCUUUAAGAGCCAAGAGAGCUCUGACUUUGGCGCAUUGCUAUUUCAGGGGCACAGCUAUUUGCAUGUGUCACUCUGUUUAUUGUUGAUGUAAAAGUUUGCAUAACUGCCAACAGGCACACACCAUGGGUUUGUGCACUGCUGCCUGUCUGUGUGUAGAUAACAAGUGAGGGUGUACAUGUUCUGGGGACUCAUCUAUUGACAAUUCACUGCCAAGGUAGCAAUGAACGUCUGACUGUUGACGUCUGCCUAGGUUAAUUUCUGCCUCAGUCAGUGGAGCACCUGUGCUAGCGGUACACCAGAAUUUAGCCAAACACAUCUCAAUUCUACACCACUACACCCAUAUAUGUAUUAAAAUACCUAUAUUAAAAUACAUAUAUUAAAAUACCUUUAAUAUUCACAAGGUCCAAGGGUGGCGCCUUGUGCAGGGUGGAAGAUAGCACCCUUGGACUGACAUACAUAUUGGCGUCUCAGCAAAACUGCUAAUAUACACUACUCUGUUUGUUUGGAACACACAUUCUUUUUGUUUUAUACACAAUAAUAAUUUAUACAAUGAUUGAAACAUGUUAAACUACACAUAAUGCUAAAUUUUUACUUGUUUUACUCAAUAUUUUAAGUAUUUUGGAAAUGACAAAAUGUAUUAAAUUAUGGUGAGUUUA